AAUCCUCGGGCCGGGACAGAGCCCUAGGACUGGGACAGAUCCCUCGGGCCGGGACAGAAUCCUCGGGCCGGGGCUUUGGUGCCCGGACAGCGCAGGCAGCGGAGCCAUGAGCCCGGCAGAAAAUACAAAGGAUAUCCUCGUGAUAUAUGAACAAGAAGCAGAAGAGUGGGCUCUGUAUUUAAAAUCUCUUUUUGGACUCAUAGUCAACAAAGAAGGAAUCUUACUCUACAAUCUAGAAAAUUCAUCUUUCAAGCACCAAGAGCUACUCUGUUUACUGUCUUAUAAAUGUAAACUCCUGAUACUCUCAUGUGGACUUCUCAACUGCCUGAAUCAAAAGGGAAGUUAUUUUCUGGAACAAGUUCUAAAACCUCCGGAUAAUGUGGUAAUUCUGCUUUGUGGAGUGGAGAAUUCAGAGAUUCUUUAUGAGAUACUGACCUUAGCUGGUGGCAACAAAGAGAUUUCUACUGAUCAGAAACCUGAGGAAUACAUUUCUGUUAUUGAAGAAAUUAUUCAACAAGAUAAACCAUGGUAUGAAAAUCCUGGAGAUUCUGUGUCUUACAUCUAUGAAGCAGUUCUUGCAGAUGAUCACCAGACUAUCUCUGAUAUUGACUUGUCAGAUGUCAGGGGAGCAUCAGAAGAAAUAGACCUCACUUUUAAAACAGAGGUACUUUCUGAAAGAUUAGAAAGUGAUGAGCAGUCAAUAUUGGUGCUUCCAAGAAGAAUAUCAUGUGAGAACCCUGGUGAAAUAUUCAUUCUGUUGAAAGAGGAAAUAGAUGAAGAAACUCUAGAAAUUGAAUUCAUAACAGAUAAUCAACAAAUUAGAAUGCAGACAGCCUCUUGGAACAAAAAGGUCAAAUAUGUGAAAGCCCUAGAUUUUCCUGCUGGCCCUGUAUAUGUAAAUGUCUACUGUGGGGGAGUCAUUAAGAGGACAGCACAGAUUGAAUACUAUACUGCACUAGAGGAAAUUGAACCCAUUUUAAAGAAAGUGGCUGACCCAAUAGCUUUCACUUGUCAGGCAUUGAAAUUUUCUUCUGUAGAGAAGGUAGACAAUGUUCUGAGUUCAUUACUCAGAAACAAAAUAUCUACUUAUGAAUUCAGCCUACUCCAAAGUGAAGAAGAGCACUAUCACCAAGCUAAUAGCCCUUUGGAAGAAUUUCCUACCCUGCUUCACUGUGCUGCCAGAUUUGGCUUGAAGAAACUUGCAGCAUUUCUACUCAGUUGUCCUGAGGCCGCACAGGCUUGCAAAAUAACCAAUAAAUAUGGAGAUGAUCCAGAGAGUAUUGCGAAGAAGCACGGGCACAAGGAAUUAAGAAAAUUAAUCAAAGAAUUGUCAAACAAUGCAGCAAGUGACUUCACUAAUUGCAAGGAGGAAGUGGAAGACAGCGACACUUACAAGCUUAUGUUAGGCUCAGAAGCUCCACCAGGCAUGGCCAAGCAGAACUCAAGAGAUCAGUAUGCAGUUGGAUCGAGGUGCCAACAAGAAGUUGAAGUGGAUGAGGAAAAGAAGGAUGACCUAAAAGACAGCAGAGAGGAGACAGAAGAUGAAGAUGAAGAAGAGGAGGAUUCGUACAGCUAUCACAACAGUCCUGGCAGUUUGUAUGUCAAUGUAAGGCAUGAGCUCAAAGAGAGCAGGAGAGAUUGCUUUUUCUGCAAGAGGCCACCCCCUCCUCCCCCUCAAAAUCUGCCUGGCAUCCAAAGACAGGACAAUCUGCAGAAUUCAUCACAAGAGAGGACUUUUGUGGUGGACAGGAGUAAACGAGAGUGGGGUGAUGGAAUCCCAACCCCAUACUGUGGAGAAAACCAAGGUAGCUGUGAGAAAGACACUGAGGAGGAGCACCCCUACACUUGUGUGGCACAGGAUGAAGGAGUGUACGACCUCAUCCUGGGGCAGGAGGAGCAGGAGGAGGAGAAAAGGAAGCACUGCAGAUCCUUCAUCAUGAACAGGCCGCCAGCCCCUGCGCCCCGGGCCGCGUGCUCGCUGGUCAGGGAGGAGAACAUUCCCUACAUUGUACAAGUGUUCCAGCAAAAGGCCUGUCGAGUGACCAGUGACAACAGCAGGACAUACUGCGAGGCCAGGAACCCUGAAGCACACAGAGGCCACACUGAGGCAGUAACUUACAGCACUGUGGUACACAAGAUCCCUUCUGAGCAGGAAGAACUCAUCCACUUGCAGAAACAGGUGAAAAAUGGGGCAAUUUCUGUGGAUGAAGCCCUUGACAGAUUUAAACAGUGGCAGAACAAAAAGCAGAGACUACCAUCCACUCAACAGGAAAAAGUUCAUCACCUGACAGACACCACUAUCAGAAACAGACAAGAAAAUGAAAACCUGAAUGUCUACAACUAGGAGGCUCACAGACCUGGAACAGAUGCCUAAUUACCCCAGUGUGACUCGCCAGCCAGCUGCACACCAGUUUCCUCUGCUUGGCAUCCCACACAUGUUCCAGCUGUGCCCUGACAGCCUCAGGCUCCAGCCCAUCCUGCUGUGACACUGCCAUGGGAUCACUGCUG